AGGGACUCCAGAUUCUAGCAAAGGGCGGAGCUUCUCGGAAAGUGAGGGAAGGCGGGGCUGGCAGAAACCUUAGGGGAAGUAGGAAGCUGGGCUGGCGAGCGGACCGGACCUAACCGAAGCUCAGGUUGGCUCGCCAUGUCUGCGGGAGGCCCGCGCGUGGGAUCCGUGUCCCGGGACUUCUCCAAGUUCUCCCUACCAUUGGCCGCGCUCAACAUGGGAGUGCGGCGCCGUCUCUCGCUAUUCUUGAAUGUCCGGUUGCCGGUGGCGGCCGACUGGACCUUGCUGGCGGAGGAGAUGGGCUUCGAGUACUUGGAGAUCCGACAGCUGGAGACGCGCCCUGACCCCACGGGCAGUUUGUUGGAUGCCUGGCAGGGGCGCUCUGGCGCGACGGUCGGCAGACUGUUAGAGAUGCUGGCCACGUUGGACCGUGAGGAUAUACUGCGGGAGCUGUUGCCCCACAUCGAGAAUGACUGCAAGAAAUACAUAACGAAGCAGCAGAUGCAGGAAUCUGAGAAGCCUUUACAGGUGGCCAGAGUGGAAAGCAGUGUCCCACAAACAAAGGAGCUGGAGGGGAUCACCACUCUUGACGACCCGCUGGGUGAGGGCCGAGUGUUGUUCCCCUGGAUAGGCUAGGUGGGCCACAGCCCCCGGAUGCGUGCAGAGCAUGGACGGACCUGGGGCCUUGAGCAAGUCCCUCCUUCUUUCUGAGUCUCGGUUUCCCCAUUCAAGAAAUGGGUAUAGCCGGGCAGUGGUGGCGCACGCCUUUAAUCCCAGCACUCAGGAGGCAG